UCGGAGCACAACAGAUCUGCACCGUCCGUUCUCGCGAACUCUCUCUCGCUCUCGCCGUGACGCAACGCUCUCUCGUCGUCCUCCCGAAGCCGGAGCCCACCCAAACCGAAACCUCGACCUUUCCUCCUCUUUCUCCCCCGCUACAAGUCUACAACCAUGGGGUCGUCGGAGGCCGACGACGACCAGCUCCUCAAGAGCUUCCUGGCCGAGGUCAGCGAGGUCGAGCGCGACAACGAAGUCCUCAGGUUUCUCUCGCUCCACCCCCCCCCCCCCCCCCCCACCCACUCCCAGCGAAUCCCUUUUCGCAUACCGGAGCGAUCAGAUCCCCAGUCGCGCCAUCCGUUUUGUCUAUUCUACUCCCUCGUUUUCCAUAUAGUAGAUCAGGGAAAGUACGAAGAGCAGUUUGAAAGAUCAGACGAAUUUCAGAAGCAGCUUAUAAUUAAAGUUCGUGAAAUUUUAACAGACAAAGAAUGGCGUCGGAGGAAAAUGCAGAUGAGGAUAUCAGAGGAAGAAGGAAGAUUGAAGAAGGACGAGGAGGAAACAAAAGAAAUGUGGAAGAGGAAGAGAGAGCAUGAAGAGAAGUGGGAGGAGACUAGAGACAAACGAGUCUCUAGCUGGAGGGAUUUCAUGAAGACAGGAAAGAAGGCACGGAAAGGAGAACUCAAACCUCCAAGACUUAAAACUGAAGAUCCGAACAAAUCUUAUGUUCAGAGGCCAGUGAAGCGUGGUUAAGAGGAAUGCUACUGGUCUGCACUCAAAGAACAAUCUGGUGGCCAUUCUUCUCGUGACCUGAUCCAAGCUACAGCCUAGCAAGGUUAUCUUUCAAGCUGUAUGCUUGAGUUAUGGCUUUUGUGUUCCCAGUGUAGUCAGUGGAACAGAACAGAUAAUUAUGAGCAAAAUGGCCACCUAUGAUCUAUCUAGAGUGAUAUUGGAUCAAUGUAUUAGGAUACCAUCCGAAAAAGUUGUUCAAAAUGUGAAUGUUGAAAUACGAUCCUUGUUUCCAUCAUUUAAUGUAUUUAAGUCAUGCUAAUAUAUUUCUUCACA